AAAACUAAAAACUUGGAUUGAUUCUUGAUCUUGCUGUGUCCAUGUGCUUAAAGCUCAAACUUGCUUGAGUACUUGUUAAGUGGUUUUUAUUAUGUCGACCUCUUUAUUGAAAAAAAGUUUGAAACUGUUUGAGGAAGAAGAAAAACACGACAAAUCAACCAAGAAAACACCACCAAGAAACGUUAAAGGCGCCAUCGGGAAAGCUGUCAAGAAACAAGCGACUGUUAAGGACCGAAAAGUUAAAUCAGCAAUUGAUCAGUUUGUCAAGAAACAUCCCAAGCAAGAUAGGACUCUGGAAAACUUGGCUCUGCUAGAUAAGCUGUCACAGAAAAAAUCAGUCACACAGGAAUCUGCAAACAAGAUAUUUUCUUACCAGUUAAAGAAACAACGUAAAACCAUUGAAAAGAAGCCGAAAGCAAAAGAACAAUCCACCGUGUUUACUGAGCAAGAUUUUCUUAAGUUUGAACAAGAAUACUUUGUCAAGGGAUAAUAAAGCUAGUAACCCACAAUACAUGGCUGUAGGUCAUGAUGUUCUGAUUGGGAAAAUAUUGCUCUUUCUGUGUGUCAUUUUUGUACUCUAUUAUACAUUUUGGACCAUUUGUCUCCCACUGUUGGAACCCAAUUUCUUUGCUCAUCAAUAUUUUCCUGACAGCUUUUAUGCCAUUGGUGUUCCCUUAUCUGUUCUGAGUGUGAUGGUGACUGUAUUAUCUGUGUAUGCACUUUGGCUCAUGAAAUUUCAAUAAUCUUAGUCUUCAUGAAUUCAUUACAAAAUCUUAGGCAAGUUGGAAGGAGAAUGUUGACAGUCGGUAUAUCAGGUGUAACAUGUGGUGGUAAAUCAUCGAUCGCCAGUCUGUUAAAGUCUACAUUUCCAAGAGCAAAGUUCAUAUGCCAAGACGACUUCUAUUUCCCCCCCGAUGGGUCGCUAUCUAAAGAGCCAGGCCUCCCCAACUGGGAUUCUCUUGAGAGUAUCGACAUGGUUUCCAUGACGCGCAAAGUGAAAGAGACUAUCGACGCGUAUUCAAACGAAAAACUGCCAACAGAAAACCUGCUCGUUAUUGACGGAUUUCUCAUCUUCAACUAUCCUCCACUAGCUGAACUAUGCGAUUUAAAGUACUUUCUGACACUUCCGUUUGAAGAGUGCCUUGCUCGUCGCCAAAGGAGGACCUCAUACAACAUCCCAGACCAGCCAACAUAUUUCACUGAAGUAGCGUGGCCCAUGUAUCUUAUACAUUUGAAAGAAAUGCGUCAGGAAGGUUUCGCCGACCAAAUCCAAUAUCUUGAUGGGACGAUUGACAUCCAGGAAAACUUUAAACGUAUCCUCAAAGAUGUUCAAGCUUAUCUUGAUGACGUGUGAUUGCAGAUCCUUUCAAUACAGUCAUAUUUUUCUUCACUGA